UGGUCAGCCAUUCCACAUGGUCAGGUGAUUUGCUAUACCUUUAAAAAUGGCGACAUCUAACAACUUUGUAAAAGCUGAAUUUUGUCAUCAGUCUGAAAAGUCGAAGUUUCUCUCCUCAAGCGAUGGCGUAUCAAACGUCCAACGGAAACCACAGCGGCCUGUAUAUGGUGGGCUACUAGGCUACAACCAGAUCAACCAGACCAAAUCAGACUACGGCAUCAACCGAUGGGAAUUAGCCUACAAAUCCAACGUCUUACACCUUACUUUGCUUAGUGGAGCAGCAUCUGCUGAAGUACACUAUUUUGUCUAUGUGCAGUAUUAUUAUAGAGAAAACAAAAAGGAAACCGUUUUCUCUUCUGGAUCGGCUACAAUACAAAGAGGUGUCUCUACUGGCCUUAACAUGUGUUACUACGAGUCUACAAAGCCUUUAAAAAUGAGUUAUCAUUCCCCAGAGGCUAAAACUUUCAUUGAGUUCUGCAUUUUACGCCUAAAUCCUGUGGUUGAAAUUCCUGAAAGGUCCACUCUUUCUGCUGCGCUAUCUUCUACACUAGACAACGACAAAGACCUGAAUGAUGUAAUGCUGUACUUUGGCAAGGAGAAGGAGCUAGUACAGGCAAGCAAGUUCCUGCUUACAGCUCGAUCACCCGUUUUCAAGAUAAUGUUUGAAGCAGACAUGAAAGAAGCAGCAGCCAAUGAAGUAACAAUUGAUGACAUCACUCCUGCUGUUGGGAAGGAAAUGAUUGCGUAUAUCUAUACGGACAAGGCACCAAAAAUUAGAAGCAUGGCCGAGAAACUGUGGUUUGCAGCUGAAAAGUAUCAACUACCAGGUUUGAAAGCACUUUGCGAGAAUGAAAUCGUUAAACAACUCGAUGUUGACAAUGCAGCACACUUUUUCCUUUUUGCUGGCAGUUACUGUGGAGAUGGAAAGUUCAAGGAGUAUGUGCUGUCCUUCAUCACUAAAGACAAAGACACCUGCUCGAAAGUGAUGAGAUCUGACGAGUGGACGGAAGUGAAGAAAUUUCCCGAACUAGCAUUUGCUGUGAGCGACAAAUUUUUUGACGUUACUGCUGAACCAGCAGCAAAAAGGCUAAAACUAAUUUAAACUGGCCAUAAUUACAGUGCCUUUAGUCUAUAGAGUAAAUAAACGCAAUUUGGUACGUGUUGCAAUUUGGUACGUGUUAGUACAUAAAUGUAAAUAUUUUGAGAUUGGAACAUUUCUAAGAAAAUAUGAUGAUACCAUUGUGUUGGUGAACAAAUUAUCUAAAACAUAUCCAGAAAAAUA